AUGGCCGCUAAGGCGAUCCCUGCUCACCUCCGCGCUCCGGCCAACGAUUCAAAUGCUGGUUUUGGAAAGCAUCACGGAAAGUCCCAGUCACACAUGAUUGCCAACCAGGCUUUUGAGAAUGCCUCCACGAGCGUGGCUGCAUCCCAGAUGCGCAAUGCCCUGAAUGCCCUCGCCGACACUGUCCCCGAUGCCAACGAGAAAAAGCGCUUUGAAGCCGAGACCGACAACUUCUUUGCCCUGUUCCGCCGUUUCCUCAACGACAAGGCCAAGGGCAAUGCUGUCAACUGGGACCGCAUUGCGCCCCCGCAGCCUUCGCAGGUGGUGGGAUACGAUGACUUGGGUGCUGAUGCGUCGGUCGAGUUCCUGAACAAGCUGGCGGUUGUCAAGCUGAACGGUGGCCUGGGUACCUCCAUGGGUUGCGUCGGCCCCAAGUCCGUCAUUGAGGUCCGCGAGGGCAUGUCCUUCCUGGAUCUUUCCGUGCGUCAGAUUGAGCACCUGAACCGCACUUUCAACGUCAACGUGCCCUUCGUCCUUAUGAACUCCUUCAACACCGACCAGGACACCCAGUCCAUUAUCAAGAAGUACGAGGGCCACAACGUCGACAUCAUCACCUUCAACCAGUCGCGCUACCCGCGUAUCGUCAAGGACUCGCUCCUGCCCGCCCCCAAGAGCUUCGAUGCUCCUCUGCAGGACUGGUAUCCCCCGGGCCACGGUGACGUGUUUGAGUCCCUGUAUAACUCGGGCACCCUCGAUAAGCUCAUUGAGCGCGGUAUCGAAUACAUUUUCUUGUCCAACGCUGACAACCUGGGUGCUGUUGUGGAUCUCCGCAUUCUGCAGCACAUGGUCGACUCCAACGCCGAGUACAUCAUGGAGCUGACGGACAAGACCAAGGCUGACGUCAAGGGUGGCACCAUCAUCGACUACGACGGCAAGGUCCGCCUCCUCGAGAUUGCCCAGGUGCCCAAGGAGCACGUCAACGAGUUCAAGUCCAUCAAGAAGUUCAAGUACUUCAACACCAACAACAUCUGGAUGAACGUGCGGGCUAUUAAGCGUGUCGUGGAGGAGAACGAGCUGGAGAUGGAGAUCAUCGCCAACGAGAAGUCCAUCCCCGCCGACAAGAAGGGUGAGGCCGACCAGGCCAUUUACCAGCUGGAGACCGCGGUUGGUGCGGCCAUCCGCCACUUCAAGAACGCCCACGGUGUCAACGUGCCCCGUCGCCGGUUCUUGCCGGUCAAGACCUGCUCCGAUCUGAUGGUGGUCAAGUCGGACCUGUACCGCCUCGAGCACGGCCAGCUGGUCAUGGACCCUAACCGCUUCGGUGGUGUGCCCGUGAUCAAGCUCGGCUCCGACUUCAAGAAGGUGUCGGACUUCCAGAAGCGCAUUGCCAGCAUCCCGCGCAUUGUCGAGCUGGACCAUCUGACUAUCACCGGCGCUGUUAACCUGGGCCGCAACGUCACGCUGAAAGGUACGGUGAUCAUCGUGGCUACCGAGGGCAGCACCAUCGAUAUCCCGCCGGGCUCGGUGCUGGAGAACUGCGUGGUGCAGGGCAGCCUGAGAAUCCUGGAGCACUAG